GACAGUCACAAACACAGGAAAAGGAGCGUUUAGGGCUAUGCUGACUUGUGCAGAGUUGUGAGCCGAAGGCGGGGGACAGGUGGGCAGGAAUUGUCCACCUGUUAGUCACCAGCUUAGGUGUGGUGAGCGAGUGAGGAAGGCCGGCCACCUUCCUGUUCCCUGCCCCACGGCUUUCCCAAGGACUGUUGCCAGAAGAGAGGCCAGCCAAAACAUUUCCUCCUGCAGACUCCCUCUCUCUUUCAUCUGGGACUCGCUGAGCCUGAGAGGAGAGCUUGGAAACGCACCUGUGGCUGCAGAGAGACAGGAGGACGCAGGCAGGUGUGUGCGAGCGCGGACGAACCUUUGUCUGGCCUGUGUCUGAACCUUUACUGAGAAGGUGACCAAGAAGAAUGUGCUGGGGGAGAAACAGAGAAAUCAACCCCACUCCGUCCCACACCUCCUGACUUUCAGCAGUCCCCCUGUGCCUCCGUCUGUGCAAGUCUGGAGUGGGUGGAAGAAGAUGAGCAUUUCAUCCCUUGGGAAACCACCUGGGGGCAGCAUGCAAGUGCAGGUGAAAAUCAUCGAGUUAAACGUUGGUGGGGACAUCUUCACAACCACCCUGAGCACCCUGAAGAAGCAUCCUGGUUCCAAGCUGGCGGAGAUGUUUGCCAGUGGCCAGCCCCAGCCCCAAACAGACUCUAAGGGGAGGUACUUCAUCGACCGGCCUGGGACCUACUUUAAGUACAUCCUGGAAUAUCUGCGCAGCAACCAGGUGCCCACGCAGUGUGUCCAGGAUGUAUACAAAGAAGCCCUCUUUUAUGAGAUUGGGCCCUUGGUCAAGCAGCUAGAGGAUUCCCCUCCGCUCUUUGGCGAGCUGGUGGCUAGAAAGCAGUUCCUCGCCUGCGUGCCCAAUUAUACGGAGAGCAUUGAGCUGAUGGCCCGCAUCGCCCGGGCAGAAGCAAUGGCCUCGCGUCGUUCCAGCGUCAUGGUGUGCGUGGUGAAGACCGAGGAGGAUGCGACCAAGUGCCAGGAUGCCCUCAACAGUCUGGACAUGUGCAAGAAAUCAGUGGUCAAGUUUGGCCCCUGGAAGGCCCCGCCAAGUAUCCUGGACUUACUGGAUUGCAUUAAGAUGGACGUGGAGGCCAAAGGUUUCAAGACCUCCUUCCAUAUCUACGUUCCAGAGAAGGGCUUCCGGUUCAAAACCAGUGACUACUUCUACACAUUCUUGUUCAACUGGUGGUAGCAAAAAUCCACUGCUCCGCCACAUUCAUAUAAGUGGGUUUUUGGUUGUGGGUGAUUGUAUUCUUAAUAGCCUUGACACCUUGAUUUUCACAAUAGAAUCUUCCCAGUUCUGCUCCGUCCAUACCCGAGUGACUUAAUUGGGACACUCCACAUUUUAUUUCUGGCAUGUAGAGCUGUUCAGAUCUCCGCUGCCAGUUUAGGCUGCCUCUGCAUUUAACGACUGAAUACAGAACUGCAAUCCUAUGCACACUUAGUAGAGCGUAAGCCCCAAUGAACUGAAUGAGUAAACCCAUACGUAGUUAAGAUUGCUCUCAGGAACUGCAAAGAAGGAGCUAGUAGGAACCAGCUUCAUCCUUGUAGUUUUCCCCAUGGCUGCCACAUACCCAAGUAGGGGGGUGCACGGUUCGACCUAAGGUUGAAUUGGUGGUGGAGGAGGGGGUUACCUUUACGGUUCGGGGAGGGUGCUCUUAGUUCCCCCACUGCAUUUCCUCCACCAGUGCUGUCCUUAAAACUGGUCCCGUGGGGCGGCUGUAUGCCCUCUGUAUGCCCCGGUGUGGGUCGGACCGGAAGUGGCCAGUGUGCGUGCAUGACAGAGGAACAUAGGAAGCUGCCAUGUACUAAUUCAGACCAUUGGUCCAUCUAGCUCAGUAUUGUCUUCACAGACUGGCAGCAGCUUCUCCAAGGUUGCAGGCAGGAAUCUCUCUCAGCCCUAUCUUGGAGAUGCUGCCAGGGCAGGAACUUGGAACCUUCUGCUCUUCCCAAAGCAGCUCCAUCCCCUGAGGGGAAGAUCUUCCUGUGCUCACACAUCAAGUCUCCCAUUCAUAUGCAACCAGGGCAGACCCUGCUUAGC